CCUGGACCUGGAAUAAGAAGUGAGCGAAAAGAGAUGGCCCGAAAAGGCGUACCGCAACCGCUUACGCUGGCAGAAUCCGGAACUCUUGGAAAGGAAACCUCUCCGCGCCUUGGUGACACCACCCAACAACAACAUCAUCAUCAUCAUCAACAACAAGCCCCCAGCAGCAGCGCCGUCAGUGCCACCGGUAGCGGUGGUGGUAGUUUGGCCAGCGGGCGCUCGACUCCGCAGGCCUCGCGAUCGCCGAGGUCCCCACGUUCCCCUUUCAAGAUCGGCCCUCAAAAGGUAGAAUACCCCGGGGAGCCACCGAGAACCUCGUCACCCCCAACCGAGCAACCCGUCGAAGCCGUCGCCAUUUCCCAAGACCAACGGUAUCAAAGGCAGAAAUCCCCAGACGUCCCGCCCGAGGACCAUUCACGCGUGACCACCUCCACGUCGGCACCGUCGCAAUCGUCCGAUCAUCGGGGCCACAAACAUAGCCGAAACGACGAGGACAAGUCAUCCAAGUCGAGUUUCUUUUUCAGCUUUGGAAAAUCGAGCAGGUUGUCAGAACGCGCAAUUUCUCCUCAGCUCUUGGAACCGCAAACAGAAGGUAUUCGCACAAGAUCGCACAAGGAGAAGGAGAAGGAAAAUCAUCAAUAUUCUCGAGAACCUGUGUACGCGCCCGCGAGAGCUGGCGAGCCCGACAAGGUGAAUCAGUCCCUGUCGCUCAAGGAGGCAGGCGGAUCGCUGUUUAACGGACUAAAAGAAAGUAGGGCCGCCGGCUUUCUCAGCAAGAAGUUAUUUGGAGGUUCAAAGGAAGACAAGUUCGCACCAAAGGAACCGGUAAUAGACGACGAGCAUUACGUUCUCAAGGUGAUCAACCUACCGCUCGUUGAGCAGACGCGGUUAACUCGAAUAUCGAAAAGGCUGGAGGAUUCACGCGACAAGACAGAGUUUUGGAUGCCGGCAUUUCCCUGGAGAGCGAUCGACUAUCUCAACUACAAGGGCAGCGAUGUUGAAGGGUUAUAUCGAGUUCCUGGCAGUGGACCGCAAAUCAAAAAGUGGCAGCGGAAAUUUGACGAAGAGCUCGAUGUGGACCUUUUCGAACAACCAGAUUUGUACGACAUCAACAUUAUCGGCUCAAUGUUAAAGGCAUGGCUCCGCGAACUACCCGACGAACUAUUUCCAAAAGCAGCCCAGGAAAGAGUGGCCAAGGAAUGCGCGGGGGCAGAGAAAGUGCCCGAGUUACUUAGAGAAGAGCUCUCCAACCUUUCGCCCUUCAAGUACUACCUACUCUUUGCCAUUACAUGUCACCUCAGCCUGCUGCUCGCCCACUCGGAUAAGAACAAGAUGGAUUUCCGGAAUCUCUGCAUUUGCUUCCAGCCAUGCAUGAAGAUCGAUGCCUUUUGUUUCAAGUUCCUGGUAUGCGACUGGAGGGACUGCUGGAAGGGAUGCAAGAACGAAGCCAAGUACAUCGAGGAGGAGUAUGCGCUAUUCGACCAACCGCCACCAAGGAGCUACAGGAGUAAGCGGGAGACGGAGUUGAGGGAAAGGGAGGAAAAAGAGGACCGGGAAAGGGCAAUACACCGAGAUCGAGAAAGGGAGCAAAGAACUCAGUCUCAGGUUCAGGCGUCUUAUCAACAACAGGGGGGUCAGGUCAUUCCUCCAGCCCACCGCAACGGAAAUGUGCAACAGUCGCCAGCACCACCACAGCAGGUUCAGCGACUAAGGAAAAAGAACACGGCGCAAGAAACAACACAAACAGCGGUGGUCGACACGGGCUCAACGGUAUCGACGACCAUUACGCUGGUCAGUGAUCGAGACACGUCACAUGGGCGAGGAACAAAUCAUCCGAAUCAGAGACAACUACAACCGGGUGAGCUACCGGCUCUUUCGCCCAUAAAACCGCUGUCGCCGAUGGGGUUUUAGUGGGCUAUGCUGCUUGAACAAUCUGGUCUUUCUUCGCUUCCUCCUUUCAUUUAUAAGGUUUGUCGACCUUUUUGCAGUGGGGAGGUUUUUGCGAGUGGUUCAUUAGGCCAAUAAGUCGGUUGAGGGCACGGUCACAGUCUCUUGUGGACAAAGAGGGGACGG